AGCUAGCAGCUAGCAGCUAGGAAAAGGUUCGCACAUCCAAAAAUAAAAACCAGAAGAAGAAGAAGAGGUUGAAGAAGAAGUAAUGGCUGUAGUAAAUUCAAUCACUGCAACAUUAACAUCAAUCCCUUCUCUUACAAUCUCGACUCCUCUUUCAUUUCCUUGUAAAACAACAAAGCUCUCUUCCUUUUCUCUUAACAACAAUGCCUUCAAGACGAACACCACCCUUAUACCCUCCCUUUCAACAAGUAGGGUUUUUGCCGCUCCUGAAGCUUUGGAUUCUCAAACCACUCUAGACCCACUUCCAGAUACCCUCGAUGCACCUUAUUCUGAUACCUUCCAGGUUGAAGGUUCUGAGACACCUAGUUCUCAGUCAGUCAGUGUUGCUGCAGAUGCAGACAAGAUGGCACCGAAGCAGAAAAUUAGAAUCAAACUAAGAUCUUUUUGGGUCAAAUUGAUCGAGGACUCCUGCAAGCAGAUAAUGGAUGCUGCAAGGACCACCAAUGCAAAGACCAUGGGUCCUGUGCCAUUACCAACCAAGAAGCGUGUAUACUGUGUUCUUAAAUCCCCCCAUGUGCACAAGGAUGCAAGGUUCCAUUUCGAGAUCCGAACCCACCAACGUCUUAUAGAUAUUCUGUACCCAACUGCACAAACAAUCGAUUCGUUGAUGCAACUAGACAUUCCUGCUGGAGUUGAUGUAGAGGUCAAGCUCUGAAGUUAGUGAUCCUUCAGUCAGGUGCUGGAUUUCUUCCUAGAAGACCAAGCUAAGAAAAGUUGCUGUUUCAUUCAAGGCUAUUGAAGGUGAUUGCAUGAGCAAGAUUGUUAAGAUGGCAUACCCAUCCAACAACGGCUUCUUUUACCCCUUUCUUUUUUGCUUGGAUGAUUUUGUAAGCAAUACUAUCAUGUAUGAAAAUUCAUCAUUGCUGAUCAGAUUUUAGCAGUGAAACAUAGGUGUAUAGAGCUUUCUGUCUGUUUCUUAUGUUCUGAUUUACGUUUUCAUUUAGCAAACUUUACAGCCAAUGAAUGAAUCAACCUCAAUUAAUUUUCCUUUCU